GUGAAGUACAAAGUAACAACCUUGUCUAUUUCUAUUGACACCAUUAAUUAAAUUAGAAGAAUAACCUUGUCUUUUUCUAAACAUGGGAUUGCGAAUAAUCUCCGAGGAAUCUUUUACAAAGGUCUAUGCAUAUAUUAUAUUACACAACAUUAAGUAAUUUGAAUCAUACUGAAAACUGCAAUGGAAUUGUUGUUCUUGCGGUGGAUUUUAGGAGCUCUGCCACUACUAGGGUUGGUGGUCUGGCGGUGGAACGAGUUCUGGUAUGUUCUUCCUCUCAAAUUUAGAGCUUCUAAUCAUAUAACUGCAAAGCUCCCACCUGGUCAUAUGGGCUUACCCUUUGUUGGGGAGCUUUUCAUAUUCCUCUGGUACUUCAAGAUUGUUCGUCGUCCUGAUGAUUUUAUCAACUCCAAGAGAAAGAAAUACGGUGACGGAGUAGGAUUGUACAGAACUCACUUCCUCGGAUCCCCAUCCAUCAUUUCAUGUUCCCCAGAGGUCAACAAAUUUGUAUUGCAAUCGGACGACAAAUUCAUUCUGGAGUGGACCGACCCGAAUCUUUUGGGCCAAAAUUCUCUUGUAGUGGUUCAAGGAAAAGCCCAUUCCAGACUGAGAAGCUUCGUGAUCAACUCCAUCAACCGGCCCAGUGCUCUUCGGCUCACAGCAGCUCAAGUACAGCCUCGCAUUGUAGCUGCCCUCAACUCAUGGGCUCAAACCGGUAAAGUCAAGGCAUAUAAGGAAGUCAAGAAGGUGACAUACGAGAAUAUCGGAAAAUUGUUUGUAAGCUUAGAACCAGGGCCUAGACUAGAUGCUCUGGAGAAAUUGUUUCAUGGAGUGGUUAAAGGAGUUAAAGCUCACCCAUUCAACUUUCCCGGAUCUGCCUUUCACCAUGCUCGUCGGUGUAGGGAGAAGCUUAAUGAAAUUUUUAAGGUGGAGCUAGAGAAGAAAAAGAAGGAAAAUGGAGUUGGGACAAGAAAUGAUCUAAUGGAUGGGCUAAUGCAAAUAAAAGACGAAGAGGGUAAUCAACUGAGUGACCAAGAAGUAAUAGAUAAUAUUGUGACCCUGGUGAUUGCUGGAUAUGAAUCUACUUCCCUAGCAUCAAUGUGGGCUGUUUAUUAUCUGGCCAAGUAUCCUGACGUCCUCAACAGGCUAAGGGAGGAGAACAUGGCUAUAAGCAAAAAAGACAGAGGGGAUUUCAUUACAAUUGAAGAUAUUUCUCAACUCAAGUACACAAACAUGGUGGUGGAAGAAACUAUUAGAUUGGCCAACAUUUCAGCUUUUCUUUUCAGAAAGGCCACAGAAGAAGUCGAGUAUAAAGGUUAUAGAAUACCAAAGAAUUGGAAAGUGAUUUUGUGGAUUCGAUACCUCCAUACAAAUCCUGAAAACUAUGAAGACCCCUUAUGCUUUAAUCCAGAUAGAUGGAAUACUUCAGUGAGGCCUGGAGCAUACCAGGUUUUCGGCGGCGGAUCGAGAAUCUGUGCUGGGAACAUGCUUGCUCGGACACAACUUGCAAUUCUUAUGCAUCACUUGUCUGUUGGAUACAAGUGGGAAUUGGUAAAUCCCAAAGCAGGGAUGGUGUAUUUACCUCAUCCAGCUCCAGCUGAUGGAGUUGAAGUCACAUUCAACAGAAUUUAGCUAAGGGAUUUGAAGAGAAGAAAGUAAUAUAUUUAGUUCCAAAUUUUAGACUA